CCGGAGUCCUGUCUGCAUGAUGGCUAAACUAAACUUCCCCAAAACUCACCCAGACUCCUCCAAGUUGCUUAACUGUUGACAUCGCUGUUAACCACUGCUGGGACUACCAAAUGCAUCGCAUCCUGCACACUGGAAGAUUUUUACUGGGAAACCCCAACCAUACAACUUGGCACAAGUGUUGCUCUAGCUUUGCAAAGAUGAUGCGUGCAGUGUGUGUUGAUGCACCAGGAGGACCAGAGAAUUUGCUGCUGCGAUCUGUCCCUAGACCUCAGCCCAAACAUGGAGAAAUCCUAAUUAAAGUUCAUGCAACUGCCCUCAACCGGGCCGACCUACUGCAGAGGCGAGGACGGUACCCCCCUCCUCCAGGUGAGAGUGACAUCAUCGGCCUGGAGGUGGCGGGUACUGUGGACACUCUGGGCCCGGGGGUGAAAGGAGGCUGGAGGCUCGAUGACCGGGUCAUGGCCUUGCUCUCUGGAGGGGGAUAUGCCGAAUAUGUUUCUGUACCAGAGGGGCUUCUCAUGCCCGUCCCCCAAAAUCUCACUCUCUGCCAGGCUGCUGCCAUCCCAGAGGCCUGGCUCACCGCCUUUCAGCUGCUCGUUUUCAUAGCUCAGGUGAAGGAGGGUGAAGUGGUUUUGGUUCAUGCGGGAGCCAGCGGAGUCGGAACAGCUGCUGUCCAGCUGGUUCGUCUGUUUGGUGCCGUGCCCGUCGUUACUGCAGGGAGCCCCGAAAAACUCAAGUUUGCCAAAAAUCUGGGAGCAGCAGCCGGGUUUAACUACAGAGAGGAGAGCUUCGCGCAGGGAGUUCAUGAUUUUACAGGAGGAAAGGGAGCAAACGUCAUCCUCGACUGCAUCGGAGGGAGCAACUGGGAGCAAAAUGUGAACUCUUUAGCCACCGACGGCAGAUGGGUCCUGUACGGCACCAUGGGAGGCAGGUCGGUGGACGGAGAUCUUCUGGGAAAACUGCUCUCAAAGCGAGGCCACUUGCUCUGCAGCCUCCUCCGCUCCCGCAGCCUUCAGUACAAAGCAGACCUGGUGAAGGCGUUCUCACACAGAGUUAUACCGAAUUUUUCCAACCAGCCGGCGUCACUGAGGCCAAUCGUCGACAGCACGUUCAACCUGGACGACAUCGCAGAAGCUCACAGACACAUGGAGGCCAACAAGAACACGGGGAAGAUCGUUGUUAAUGUGAUACCACCAAAUCCGUGAUUAAGAGCUGCAGUAAUAUUAAUAAAAAUGUAACUGCUCUGAAA